GGCGUAAUUCAAGGGCCGUGAGAGUCUGAGACUGGGCUUGGGGCGGGGCGAGCUCAGAAUGCGGCUGCGCACUGGGCGCUCUCGCCCGGGAAGCCGCAGUCUCGAGAGCGUUAACGAGGUGCUUCGAUAGUCUCUGGCCAGCCUUUCUGCGCACCCGGUGUCGUUGCGCUGUACCCCGGGCGGGGACGUCCGCCGGGCACGGGAGGGAGCCAAGAUGCCGAUCAAUAAAUCAGAGAAGCCAGAAAGCUGCGAUAAUGUGAAGGUUGUUGUUAGGUGCCGGCCCCUCAAUGAGAGAGAGAAAUCAAUGUGCUACAAACAGGCUGUCAGUGUGGAUGAGAUGAGGGGAACUAUCACUGUACAUAAGACUGAUUCUUCCAAUGAACCUCCAAAGACAUUUACUUUUGAUACUGUUUUUGGACCAGAGAGUAAACAACUUGAUGUUUAUAACUUAACUGCAAGACCUAUUAUUGAUUCUGUACUUGAAGGCUACAAUGGGACUAUUUUUGCAUAUGGACAAACUGGAACAGGCAAAACUUUUACCAUGGAAGGUGUUCGAGCUGUUCCUGAACUUAGAGGGAUAAUUCCCAAUUCAUUUGCUCACAUAUUUGGUCAUAUUGCAAAAGCAGAGGGUGAUACAAGAUUUUUGGUUCGAGUGUCUUAUUUGGAAAUAUAUAAUGAAGAAGUUCGUGACCUUUUGGGCAAGGAUCAGACACAAAGGUUAGAGGUUAAAGAAAGACCUGAUGUGGGAGUUUAUAUCAAAGAUUUAUCAGCUUAUGUGGUAAAUAAUGCUGAUGAUAUGGAUAGAAUUAUGACACUAGGCCACAAAAAUCGUUCUGUUGGUGCAACUAAUAUGAAUGAACAUAGUUCCCGUUCCCAUGCCAUCUUUACAAUUACUAUAGAAUGCAGUGAAAAAGGCAUUGAUGGUAACAUGCAUGUCAGGAUGGGGAAGCUCCAUCUUGUAGAUCUUGCUGGUUCAGAAAGGCAGGCAAAAACUGGAGCUACUGGACAGCGCCUAAAGGAAGCUACAAAAAUCAAUCUUUCACUUUCCACCCUUGGUAAUGUAAUUUCUGCCUUGGUUGAUGGAAAAAGCACUCAUGUGCCUUAUCGUAACUCUAAAUUGACUCGUCUUCUUCAGGAUUCCUUAGGAGGAAAUUCAAAAACCAUGAUGUGUGCAAAUAUUGGGCCAGCAGAUUACAAUUAUGAUGAAACGAUCAGUACAUUACGGUAUGCCAAUCGUGCUAAGAAUAUUAAAAAUAAAGCUAGAAUUAAUGAAGAUCCAAAGGAUGCUUUGCUGCGUCAGUUCCAGAAAGAAAUAGAAGAACUAAAAAAGAAACUUGAAGAAGGAGAAGAAAUAUCAGGCUCUGAUAUCAGUGGCUCAGAGGAAGAUGAUGAAGAAGAAGGUGAGGUUGGAGAAGAUGGAGAGAAAAGGAAAAAAAGAAGGGGCAGUAGCAGCAGCAGUAGUUCAGACUCCACAUGUUCUGUCAUAGAGAAACCUCUGGAUAAGUUCUUGCCUAAUCAAGCAGGAAAAAAGAAAGUAUCCCCAGACAAGAUGAUUGAAAUGCAAGCAAAAAUUGAUGAGGAGAGAAAAGCACUUGAAACAAAGCUCGACAUGGAAGAAGAAGAAAGAAACAAGGCUAGAGCUGAAUUAGAGAAACGAGAAAAAGAUCUUCUUAAAGCCCAACAAGAGCAUCAGUCUUUGCUGGAAAAAUUAUCUGCCCUGGAAAAGAAGGUAAUUGUUGGUGGGGUUGAUUUGUUGGCCAAAGCUGAGGAACAAGAGAAACUUCUUGAAGAAUCUAACAUGGAACUGGAAGAAAGGAGGAAAAGAGCAGAGCAACUUCGCAGAGAACUUGAGGAAAAAGAGCAAGAACGCUUGGAUAUUGAAGAAAAAUAUACCAGCUUGCAAGAGGAAGCACAGGGAAAGACCAAGAAGUUAAAGAAAGUUUGGACUAUGCUGAUGGCUGCAAAAUCAGAGAUGGCUGAUCUUCAACAAGAACAUCAGAGGGAAAUUGAAGGCCUACUGGAGAAUAUUCGGCAACUUAGCCGGGAGCUUCGACUUCAGAUGCUUAUUAUUGAUAACUUUAUACCUCGGGAUUAUCAGGAAAUGAUUGAAAACUAUGUCCAUUGGAAUGAAGACAUAGGAGAAUGGCAGCUAAAAUGUGUUGCCUAUACAGGAAAUAACAUGAGGAAGCAAACCCCAGUACCUGAUAAAAAGGAGAAAGAUCCCUUUGAAGUGGACCUUUCUCAUGUGUAUCUUGCCUAUACUGAGGAGAGUCUGCGUCAGUCUUUGAUGAAACUAGAAAGACCACGAACUUCAAAGGGGAAAGCAAGGCCAAAGACAGGGAGAAGAAAGCGUUCUGCAAAGCCUGAAACUGUAAUUGACUCUUUACUACAGUAAAUGUUACAGACUUAAAGUCACAAUAAAAAUUAGUGGUAUUCUCAUGCCUGUACAAAAUCUUUAAUUAAAACAGUGAAGACUUCUCUAUAAUUUCAGUUGAUGGAAGCUGUAGAUCAAUGAAUAAGACUGGAAAUAAUAAUUUGCGUAAUAACUUUUAGUCUACAUAUAUUAAUAUAACAUUAAAAUUGUACAACUGGUGAUUGUUCAAAUUGUCGUACUACUAUUCAAUUGUACUGUGCAGGGAAGUUGGGGGAGCAGUUCAUACUAUAGAGAGUUACAGUUUAGAGGUAUGUGUAAAUCAAUUAGCUAUUUAUCCAACUACUGUAUAUUUAGGUAACUAGAAUUUCAAAAUAGAAAAAAAAACUGUGUCUUGUUUUGCACAUAGAAAGAAGCAGAUCAGAUUGUCCUGUGUUACGCUGUUAUAUAUGAAUGUUUGGACUGUACAUCUAAGAAAUGAUUCCGUACUAACACUAACCUACCCAGCCUGUUUAAACACAUUCUAAUUGUCUAACAUUUGUUGCAUUUUAAGUAUGAGAUGACUGAUCUUAUUGAUGUUCUGUAGAAAAUUUUAUAAUUUAACAAUCUUUGCGAGUAUACAUGUUUUUUAAAAAGUUGAAAAUGUUUCAUCUGAACCUUUCCUAACUUUUUUUUGCCAGUUUGAGUUCAAAUCAAAUACAUCUUAUGUUCUGGUUUCAUGUUCUCUUGAAAUAUUGAAUUGUAUGUAAAUAUAAAGGAUCUACUGUUGCAGAAAAUUAAGAAGCUAAGUACUGCUCAGUUAUCUUUGCCUGCAUGUGUAUUUUUAAAAAUUCACUCUGAAGUGUAACUUAUGGAUGCUUUUCUUUGAGUUCUAAAUUUUGGUGGGAAUUACUUUAUAUCUCCCAGUUGAGAAGGGUCUCCAUUUUCCAGAAAAUACAGCUAAGCAAGAAAAAUAUCUUUUAAAUACUUUGCCUUUAAAACACUUUUUAUUUUGUUUUUCUGUUUUAAAAAUAAAAUAUUAUUUUCUGAAUUUCUUCUAUUGAGUAAUCCAGUUAGACCAUAUUCCUCUACAAAUAAAAACUAUGUUGAUUUCAUAGUAAAGUAAGCUGUAAUAGAAUUAUUUUUUUCUGUUGUUGGCUGCUUAUGAAAUUUUUAUUUUUAUUUUUUAAAGUUAUGCUACUCCUGGCCGGGCACAGGGGCUCACGCCUGUAAUCCCAGCACUUUGGGAGGCCGAGGCAGGUGGAUCACUUGAGGUCAGGAGUUCAAGACCAGCCUGGCCAACAUGGUGAAACCCUGUCUCUAGUACAAAUACAAUAAUUAACUGGGUGUGGUGGCACAUGCCUGUAAUCCCAGCUACUUGGGAGACUUGAACCUGGGAGGCAGAGGUUGCAGUGAGCCAAGAUGGCAUCACUACACUUCAGCCUGGGUGAUAGGGCAAGACUCCACCUCAAAAAAUAAAAAUAAAAUAAAAGUAAAGUUAUGCUACUCCUAAACCACUUAAUAUAUGUUUUGUGGUUUUCAAAAUUAUGUAAUCAGCCCUGAAACACAUUGGUUGAAAAUAUUUUGAGACUUUAUAAGUUAGCAUUUAUUAAAUUAAUAUUAUUUUAAUAAGUUUUGUUAAAUCCUAGUUUAAUGACAAAGCUGUGUAUAGAGUAGGGGUGAGUGAAGGUGGAGUACUGGUGAGGUGGUAAUAAAAAUGUAUCCAUAAAUUUCAAGUCCAUUCCAUAAUUGGAAUACUGAAUGUCCUGUGUGUGGUGAACAUUUUCUAGGUGAUUAGAAUUGCAUUUCACUGGCAGCAUUUAUUUGUGGUAUGUAAGAUAGCUAGAAGUUUAUUACUUAACUCUGUGGGACAUUGUUUAAAUACUGUGAAGAGUUGAGGUAAAUAUGUGUCUUGUAAAAGCUUUGUGUGAUCAGAAUAUUUUGGUAAUUAUAAAAUGUUUUUGAUGAUACACAUUUAACUCUGUUAGUAAUUACAGUAAAGAUAUCUUAAUUUUACCAGUUGAAAAAAAAAUGCUUCUUUUUAAAAGUUCAUGUUUCUAACCUUUACAAUUCAGUUAAUAGGAAAGGAGUAACUUUUAAAUCAAGCUUUAAAACAUGGAAAUUUAAGCCAGUAUGUUAGAUGUUUUUUCUAUCCCACCCUACAAUGAUAAUAAAGAGAAAUCUAUAAAAAGUCAAAAUAAAAAGCUGAUCUAUGGAAAGUCAAUUGAGAAUUUCUUAAAGCAGGCUACUAUAGCAGGGGUGUUUGUUUGUUUGGAGACAGAGUCUUGCUCUAUUACCUAGGCUGGAGUGCAGUGGGAUGAUCUCGGCUCACUGCAACCUCUGUCUCUUCAGCCUCCUGAGUUGCUGGAACUACAGCUGUAUGCCUCCAUGCUUGGCUAAUUUUUGUAUUUUUUUGUAGACAGGGGGUUUUGCCAUGUUGCCCAGGCUGGUCUCUAACUCCUAGAGCUUAAGUGAUCCACCUGCCUCAGCCUCCCAAAGUGCUGGGAUUACAGGUGUGAUUAUAGGCCUUGAGCUACCACACCCCACCUACUAUAGCAGUUUUUUAAAAAAAGCAUUAUGUUAAAACUGAUUAUACCAGAUGGACAUUAAAUAUCCAUCUCAGAAAACCAAAAAUUUGAUAUUUAAGCCUGGCCUGAAUUUUUUUUUUUUUUUUUUUUUUUUGAGACAGAGUCUUACUCUGUCACCCAGGCUGGAGUGCAGUGGCGCGAUCUUGGCUCAUUGCAACCUCCGCCUCCUGGGUUCAAGCAAUUCUCCUGCCUUAGCCUCCUGAGUAGCUGGGAUUAUAGGCAGGCGCCACCACACCCUGCUAAUUUUUGUAUUUUUUUUAGUAGAGACCAGGUUUCACCAUGUUGGCCAGGCUGGUCUCGAACUCCUGACCUUGUGAUCUACCCACCUCGGCCUCCCAAAGUGCUGGGAUUACAGGUGUGAGCCACCACACCUGGCCUCAAGCCUGGUCUGAAUAUCUAUAUGCAAAUAUGGGACACUGACUUCAGAGCUAUUCAUUUAGCUCCAGUCAUAGCAAUUCUGUAGUUUCCUCACAUUUACUGUGUCUUUGUCCAUAAAUGAAAUAUUUUGUAUGGUGAGUGUUAAUUUCCUGAGACAAUAUAGAUGAACAUACUUGCUCAUUUUUUGAAAUAAAUAUGCAGAUUUAAAAUGAGUGGCACAUACAUAUAAAUAGGUUAUUGAAUGGGUAUUCUCUUUUCCCUUUAAUUUAAAAAGUAGUAUUUAUUUAUUAAAAGGAGCAUUGGUAGAAUUAUUGGUUUAUAGUAUCUUCUUUAAUAAUCCUUACAAUUACAUAUACUAAUAGGAUGUUAAAAUUAUCAUAGUGUUUCCUAUUUGUGUUUAGAUUCUUAUAAAGCAUGAGAUGAGUAAUCACGGGGAGGGUUGCAUCUCCAUGUUUGCCCCAUGAAUAGAAUCCAUUUGACAAGCCAUUUCAUUUCCUUUCUGGAGAAAGGGAGUUGUUUUUUUUGUUGUUGUUGUUGUUUUCUUUUUGCAGCAAAAAUUUAAGGUUGUUUUGGGGGAGGGGGUGGUGCUACUUCCUCUGUAACAUGUUUUUAAAACUAUGAUUAUGGUUUUUGGUUGUUUUUUGUUUUGUUUGUUUCUUUUUAGUCUGUUUUUAAUAUCCUUCCCCUUCACUCUUAAGGAAAGUCUUCUUCUUUCCUACAGGCUGUGAAUUAAGGAAUGGGUAACGUUUACAUUUAAGUACACCAGUGUCUGCCCAAUUUCCUAGUGUAUACAUUUGUUUGUUUUUAAUUAUUUUUUGUUCUUAAAAAUACUAGAAGAAAACAUAGAUGUUUCUAGUGCCUUUGAACUUACACUGUAGUCUGACUAAUUUAAAUAAUGAAUAACUUCAGUAGCAUUACUAUAAUACUGUAUACUGGCCAGAAUUACAAAUUGUACAGUUUGUUGCAUUAAUUUCAAAAGCCACGCUUUCAUUGUAUUUUAUGUAUAAAUUGUAUUUGUUCAAGUUGUAUAUAUUGAUAUUGUAUGUAUACAUGCAGCAUGGUUAAAUAAGAAUAAAAAUCUUUUACCUAA